AUGACAGAAAAGGAUAGACCCGAACUCGACUUUGAUAAUCAACAAGGCGAACAGAAGUUCUGUACGUUCAUCAAAGGAUUGCCUCAGAAACCGGAAAACACACUUCGGCUAUUUGAAAGAAGCAAUGGAGAUUUCUACAGCGUGCACGGUGAAGAUGCGUUUUACAUAGCACAGAAUGUGUACAAGACGUCUUCCGUUGUAAAGUAUCUAGGAGGUGACGCAAAGAAAGGUCUACCAAGCUGUACAAUAUCACGAUUAAUGGCAGAAACCUUUCUCAGGGAUGCUCUUCUAAACAAACAAAUGAAGAUUGAAAUAUGGGGUGGAGAGCCUCGUAAGAAUAUCUGGAGAAUAGUCAAGAGGGCGUCCCCUGGUAACUUGCAAGAUUUGGAAGAUCUCUUAUUCACUAAUGUCGACAUGGCAGCAUCACCUAUUGUGAUCGCUGUCAAGCUGGGCAGUCAGCGUGAUCACAAAAUCGUCGGUGUUGCGUUUGCGGACGCGACUAUAAGAGAGUUGGGUGUCUCUGAGUUUGUUGACAACGAGCUGUAUUCUAAUUUUGAGCUUGGAGUCAAAGAAUGUAUAAUGCCAGCCGAUGAGGCACAAAAGGAUUAUGAACUACUCAAGCUAAAGAGCGUUUUGGAGAAAUGCGGCGUAGUGAUGACCGAGCGGCGAAGAAGUGACUUUACAAGCAAAGACGUCGAGCAAGACCUCAAUCGGUUACUGGAAGAAGAGAUUUCGGUUUCAAAUUUGCCCGAGUUUGAACUGAAAAAUGCCAUGUGUGCAUGUGCAUGCUUGAUAAAAUAUCUAUCGCUUUUGACUGAUGAAAGCAACUUUGGAAAUUAUCGUCUGAGUUUGCACGAUCUUUCUCAGUAUAUGAAGCUGGACGCUGCGGCUCUGCGAGCAUUGAAUCUAUUUCCAGGACCUCAAGACGGUUCCAAUAAAUCGAUGAGUUUGUAUGGGUUGCUCAAUAAGUGCAAGACUGCUCAGGGAUCGCGAUUGCUUAGUCAAUGGCUUAAACAACCAUUGAUGGAAUUAGCAGAUAUCGAACGAAGACAAAACCUAGUCUCAAUAUUUGUUGAAGACACCGAACUCAGACAGUCACUUCGGGAAGACAAUUUAAGAAACAUUCCUGAUCUACAUCGCUUAGCCAAGCGUUUCCAAAAAGGCAUUGCGUCUUUGCAGGAUGUAGUACGUGUAUAUCAAGUUGUCAUACGGUUGCCUGGACUUAUUAAUGUAUUAGACAGUUAUGAACCUCUUUAUGAGUCGCGCAAAGAGAUCGUAGAAGAAGUGUAUAUAUCAAAGUUAAAAAAACAUGCAGAAAGUCUGGAAAAACUACAAGAAAUGGUUGAAACAACUAUCGAUUUGGAAGCCAUUGAAAAUCACGAAUUUAUGAUUAAGGCCGAUUUCGAUGAAACUCUACAAGCUAUAAGAACUAAACUUGAUGAAAUUAUGAGGGAGAUGAGUCAAGAGCAUCAGCGAGUUGGGGACAAGCUCGACAUGGAGUUGGAUAAAAAAUUACACAUGGAGAAGCAAAGUGUAUACGGAUACUGCUUCAGACUUACGCGUAAUGAUGCAAGCUGUCUUCGGGGAGCCAAAAGUUUCAUAGAGCUGACGACUCAGCGAAAUGGCGUUUAUUUUACUACUGGAAAGAUGAAAAGCCUGAGUAGUGCUUUUACUGAAUUGUCAGAUGAAUAUGAGAGAAAACAGACGAAUCUAGUAAAGGAUGUAAUUAACAUCGCCGCAACUUACUGCCCUACGUUGGAGAUGCUUAAUGGAGUACUAGCACAUUUGGAUGUGAUAGUCAGCUUUGCGCAUGCUGCCGUACACGCUCCAAUAACUUUUGUUCGUCCAAAGAUGACCGCAAAAGGUUGUGGUAAUGUUAUAUUGAAGGCUGCUCGACAUCCAUGCUUGGAAGUACAAGACGAUGUCUCCUUUAUUCCGAAUGACGUCCAACUGAUUAGAGGCGAAAGCGAAUUCCAAAUAAUUACGGGUCCCAAUAUGGGUGGCAAGUCGACAUACAUUCGUCAGAUUGGAGUUGUUGCUCUUAUGGCUCAAGUGGGUUCAUUCGUCCCAUGCGCUGAGGCCAGUUUGUGUAUAUUUGAUUGCAUCCUUGCAAGAGUAGGCGCUGGUGAUAAUCAGCUCAAAGGGAUAUCGACCUUCAUGGCCGAAAUGUUGGAGACAGCAACAAUUUUGAGAACUGCAACCGCAAAUUCGUUGCUAGUAAUAGACGAACUUGGUCGAGGAACAAGUACAUCUGAUGGUUUCGGUUUAGCUUGGGCAAUUUCGGAGUAUAUUGCAAAACAAUUACGUUGCUUUUGCCUUUUUGCAACACAUUUCCAUGAACUUACUAUGCUUAGUAAAGACGUUCCAACCGUUCGUAAUUUACACGUGACGGCGCACAUAGAAAAGACGAUUUCAGGAGACAGAAGCAUUACUCUGUUGUAUAAAGUGAAUGAAGGUGUAUGUGAUGAGAGUUUUGGCAUCCAUGUGGCAGAGCUCGCCAACUUUCCUGAAUCUGUUGUAAAGAUUGCGAAAAAAAAGGCUGAAGAACUGGAAAAUUGUUCUAAUGGUGACGCGAUGGAAAUUGACGGAGUGGGGACGUCUGGAAAUAGCCUUCAUCAGGCAGAGCGGGAAGACCCACUAGAGUCAAAUCCAAUACUGAAUCAACUUUUUAUGGAAAUCGGAAAUGAUGAUUCCGAGUCUCUAGAACACGAAUCAACGCUUAGUCGGCUGCAAGAAAUAAAGGCUGACUAUCAGAAUAGAGUCCAGAACGAGAUCUCUGCU